AUGGAGUGUCAGUCCGAGAGGGAGAUCAGCCCUCCGAAGUCAGACAGGAGGUUCGCGCUGACUUACAUCGGUUGGUCCUCGCUGGACAGGAGGACCACGUUACCCAUGCUGCCGUGGCUGGUGGCUGAGAUCCGGAGGAGAAGCGAGAAGGGCGACUGUGGCCCCGCGGUGCAACCGAGAGAAGUUCAGCUGGUCCUCAACGCCCCCUUCGUCCGAUGCGUCCCCUCCAACAGCAACAACUGCUCCGUCUUCAUAUUCGAGCACAAAGCACAGCUCAUCUCUCGUUUCCUGCACAACAGCAAUGACCUCACCUAUUUUGCCUAUCUCCUGAAGGGCCAGCCAGACAACCCCGAGUCUGAGAUGUCCUGUCACGUCUUUAAGGCUAAUGACCCCAACCAGGUUCCUGAGGUGAUCAGCAGUAUUCGCCAAGCGUCCAAAUCCGCCCUAAAGGAAGACACCAAGCCUAAACAGGAAGCUGACGAGGCCUUCUACAACUCCCAGAAGUUUGAAGUGCUUUAUUGUGGCAAGGUGACUGUCGGGCAUAAAAAGGCUUCGUCCACCCUCAUCGAUGACUGUAUCGAUAAGUUUCGCCAGCAUGAGAUCGAGCGUAAGCGCCUGCGCCUGCUCAACGGCCAGCGGGGGUCCACAGAAAAUGCCUCUGUGGAGUUCAUCGUUGGAGGAGACAGCGAUCCACUCUCCUCUGUUCUGAGUGAGAGUUUAGAAGACCCGGAAAGCCCUGGAGUGGAGGACCUGAGCGGAGGUAAAGACCUCUCCAGCAGUGCCAGUCAGAGCAGCUUGAGAGGAACGUUCCCAGAGUGCAUCCUGGAGGAUUCUGGAUUUGAGGAGCCGCAGGAGUUUCGUACCCGCUGCAGCAGCCUGGCGGGUAGUCUUCAGAGGAAGCCUGGGGAAGGUGUCAUGAUGGCUCCCACACGCCGCAGACACUCUAGUGCGCCAAACAACGUCCAGCCAUCUGAUACAGACAAGAACCGCACCAUGCUCUUCCAGGUUGGGCGUUUUGAAAUAAACCUCAUAAGCCCAGACAGUAAAACAGUGGUGCUGGAGAAGAACUUCAAAGAUAUCUCAUCUUGCUGUCAGGGUAUCAAGCAGACUGACCAUUUUGGAUUCAUCUGUCGGGACCCAUCAGAGUCUGGUUCCAAUCAGUAUGUGUGCUUCGUUUUCCAAUGUGCCAGUGAGUCUUUGGUGGAUGAGGUGAUGCUGACCCUGAAGCAGGCCUUCACUACAGCAGCAGCCUUACAAAGCAACAAGACCCCGAUCCAGCUAUGUGAAGCAUGCCCUAUGCAUGACCUGCACAAGCUCUGCGAGCGGAUUGAAGGUCUCUACCCACCCAGAGCAAAGCUAGCCAUCCAAAAAUAUCUCUCCCAGCUGACUGACAAUGAGCAGGUGGAGACUUUUGAGCGAGUUCAGAAAUUGAAACCAGCUUCAGACCAAGAAGAGAAUGAGCUGGUGAUUCUCCAUCUUAGACAGCUGUGUGAAACCAAACAGAAGUCCCACCUCCACAUUGGAGAGGUCCCUCAGAAUGCAGCCACCAGCCCAGCACCAGCAGACGGUGCAGCCACCAGCAGUCGCUUCAAACUUGAUAUUCUCAAGAAUAAAGCUCGCACCUCCCUCACCAGCUCUCUGGAGAACAUCUUUGCAAGGGGGGCCAGCCGGAUGCGGGGCCGCUUAGGAAGCAUGGGAAGCAUGAGCAGUUUUGAAAGACAGGAUGAGGAAUCUCCCAAUCACUCCCCUCCAAGUUCCCCUCCCGCUUUUAGUGACGACGACCCGGAAGCUGGCCCACAGUUCCGUCGGCGUGCUCACACCUUCAGCCAUCCACCUGUGAAGAAACGCAUCUCCUUCGAGGGUCAGCCUGCCAAACAGGCUCCUCUGCGCAGACAACAGUCUGUUAACCCAGAACUGCUGGGGAGCAGUCCUGUGGCUGUCUCGAGAACGCGCAGUGUUUCGGAGAGCGAGUCCUCCUUCAGCCUCCCCUCCUCCUUCUCUGCCCCAAGUUUCCUGAAAACCUUUUACCAGGGCUCACUGGGUUCCCUGAGCUCCCUGGCAGACAGUGGGAGCCUCAAGAGCAAUGGGGAAGGCAGGAAAAGGACACUGUCUACCUGCAGCAGUGACUCUGUGAGUGGAGGUCUACCCCCAACCCCACGCAGGGUCUCCUGGAGACAGAAGAUCUUCCUGAGGGUCGCUUCGCCCAUGAACAAGCCUUCUGCAUCCAUGCAGCACCCAGAGCACUCUGAUGUCCGGGAGCUGUUGCCUCUCUCUCCUCGUGCAAGUCUGGAUGUGUUGGGGCAUCUGCUGCCCAGGACAGGUGACCACCUGUCUGGGGAGAGGCCCAAGAGGACGGCGACUGAGUACCGGGCGCUCUGGAAAAAUGCCAUCCGUCAGCAGAUCCUCCUGCUGCGCAUGGAAAAGGAGAACCAGAGGCUGGAGGAAGCGAGCCGAGAUGAGCUGCACAUUCGCAAGAUGAAGCUGAACUACCAGGAAGUGGGCCAGUGCUCCAAAGAUGCGCAGGCAUUGUGGGAGAGAAAACUGACAGCCCCAGGCAGAACGACAGUCCCACAAGACCAGGAGGAGAUGUACCGUGCACUCUGCCAAGGUAUUCCCAAAAGCAGGCGUGGGGAGGUCUGGUUGCUGCUUUCCCAUCAGCACCGGCUGUGUCACAGAUUGCCCCCCCGCCAGCACGCCCCGGACACCCCCUACCAAGAUCUGCUCAAGCAGCUCACCGCACAGCAGCAUGCUAUUCUGGUGGAUCUAGGCCGGACCUUCCCCACCCACCAGUACUUCUCAGCUCAGCUGGGCGCCGGGCAGCUUUCCCUCUACAACCUCCUGAAAGCCUACUCUCUGCUGGAUACAGAGGUCGGCUACUGCCAGGGUAUCAGCUUUGUGGCUGGCGUGCUGCUGCUCCACAUGAGCGAAGAUCAGGCCUUUGACAUGCUGAAGUUCUUCAUGUAUGACCUCGGCAUCAGACGCCAGUACAGACCAGACAUGGUCUCCCUGCAGGUUCAGAUGUACCAGCUCUCUAGGCUGUUACACGACUACCACCGAGAGUUGUACAAUCACUUCGAGGAACACGAGAUCUGCCCGAGCCUCUAUGCUGCACCGUGGUUCCUCACUCUCUUCGCCUCUCAGUUCCCCCUCAGCUUUGUGUCGCGUAUCUUUGACUUUAUAUUUGUCCAGGGGACUGAAGUAAUCUUCAAAGUGGCCCUCUGUCUGCUGAGCAGCCAUGAGGGAGAGAUAGUGGAGUGUGACACCUUUGAGAGCAUUGUGGACUAUCUUAAAACUACACUUCCCAACCUUAGUCAGACACAGAUGGAGCAGACCAUGUCAAAGGUAAUGGAGAUGGACAUCUCCAAGCAGCUGCAUGCGUACGAAGUGGAGUACCAUGUCCUGCAGGAUGAGAUGCUAGAUGCUGGGCCUCUGCCUGAUGACUCUGACCGGCUGGAUAAACUAGAGAAGACAAACGCACAGUUGAAGAAACAGAAUAUGGACCUGUUGGAAAAACUUCAGGCUGCACGGCAGAAGAUUCAGACGCUGGAGACAAGCGUGGAGAACUUCCUUUCUCGGGAGAGCAAAAUGAAGCACAUGAUUCGCUCUCUGGAGCAAGAGAGGGCAGCUUACCAGAAGACCAUUGAACGCAUGCGCUCGUGCCUUCCCCCUGACGCCCUGACAGAUGUGGAGAUGACCCAGAUCAAAACAGGACCCAACGGGAAAGCCAAAACUGCAGCCAAGAAGCCCUGAUGGCAACCAAGGGGGCUGGCUGCUCUGGGCAGCCGCACAGGCAGAGACUGAAGUGAGCAAAUGCGGUCUGUCUUAGUGAGAGGCUGCUAUUGUUGUACUGCUGCACAAAAGUGGCAGGGUUUUGUAAAUGUGUGAUGUCUGGACUUGCAGACUGUAUGGGAAAUAUCUACGUGAUGUUUGUCAGCAGAUGAUGGAGUGGUGGGAGGAUGGUUUCAUGUAUAUUAGCACCAGACAUCAAAGCCACUGCUCUGUCUCAUCUGUUAGACUGCCAGUUUGAAGGUGAGAUCAAGAUGCACAACAUCCUUCCUUUUUCAGCUCUUUUGGUAAUCACAGGGGAAUUUUUAAAAGUGACACAUGUGAAAUGUGUCCGCCGCUUCAAAUCUUUUUGAGCACUGCCUUGAUGUAUUUACAACCUCCCUCAGUAGCACCACAUUAGCAGUGAACAGAAGAUGCCAGUUGGCAAACCAUCCUUUGGACCUCAGGGUCAACUUAUAGCCAUUACCAGUGUACCAAUUCUUGAGUUGAUACCUUUUUAUUGUCGAUGAACUGUGUCUGUGAUGGAAACUUGGCCUCAGGCUAAUCACAUCGCUUUGUAAUUUCCUUUUAAUUCACUUGAAGAUUUUGUGAAUGUAACCUCCCUCCAAAGAUCAUUGUGAUAGCAUUGUUUGUCAGAACAGAGACGUCUGCCAUGUUAGACUUUCAGCAUACAGUAUAGUGUCUUGCUGAACAUGUCUCAGCGCCGCACCACUGCCUUCAUGUGAAAGAUCUUUAGUGCUUGCACUCGCUGCUGCUUUGAAGGAGGAAGUGUUUCUUCCAAAGCUCAAGCAGGAUGUGAGGUCGUCUGCCUUCUCGGUUUCCUGUGUGACUGACCGUGGUGUCGCCUCGUUUUAGCACCGUGAUACAAAGGCAGAGCUCAUGCUCCCCAAAAGAUGAAGAUGGAGCAGCAAUCUGAAUGUAUAUCACAUGCUUCUGUUUUUGUCAACCUAAUCUGUAAUGCUGAGGUUUGACAAAAGUAGAAUUCUUUCCUCAUCCUGUAGUUCCUGAAAGUGGGACUAUGAGCAGCUAGGGUUGUAUGGCUCCAGAUUUCAUGACAACAUACACAUGACAUAUCUGCAGCUGCAUUGCUGUCAGUCAAUUUUUAUGUUUGCAGUGAACCGUGAGUGUUUCACUCUGUGCAGACCGUGCAAAGGAAACACUGUUAGAACUUAAAAGACACUUCAGUUUCCUCUUUGAGUGAAGCUAAAUCUGUCUUGAUUUGUGGUAAUACACAUACAGUUUCAUUCAGAAAGUAUACCCUGUCAACCCUUUCAAUUUUUUUCUUUUAACAUUUUAUGUCUCAGUCUUAUGUUAAAAUCAUUUCAAUUCCCCCCCCCCCCUCUUAUUAACAUUUAGUACCCCAUAAUGACACAGUGAAAAAUUUUUUUUGCAAAUGUAUCAAAAAGGAAAGUGAAAUAUCUCAUUGACAUAAGUAUACAAACCCUUUACUUAGUACUUAGUUGAAGCACCUUUGGCAGCGGUUACAGCCUCAAGUCUUCUUUGGUGUGAUGCGACAAGCUUUGCACACAUGGAUUUGGAGAUUUUCGGAUGGGGACAGUCGAUGGUCAGCCGUUUUCAGAUCAGUGUUGCGUGAUGGUUUUCCUUCUGGAGGUUUCUCCCAUCUUCACACAGGAUCUCUGGGGCUUAGCCAGAGAGACCACUGAGUUCUUCGCCACCUCUCUUACCAAGCCUCUUAUUCUCCCCGUAUUGCUCAGCUCUAAGAAGUGUCCAGAUUGUUCCAAACUUCUUCCAAUUUAAGAAUUAUGGAGACCACUGUGCUCUUGGGAACCUUCAAUGCAGCAGAACAUUUUUGUAGGCUUCCCAGGAUCUGUUUCGACACAAUCCUGUCUCUGAGCUCUGUAGGGAGUUCAUUCAACCUCAUGGCUCAUGGUUUUUGCUCUGAUAUGCAUCGUCAGCUGUGAGACAUUAUAUGGACAGGUCUGUGCCUUUUUAAAUCAGGUCUAAUCAAUUAAAUGUACCUCAGGUGGACACUAAUCAAGGUGUAGAAACAUCUCAGAGAUGACAUGAGCUAAAUUUCAGUCAAAAUACUGAUGUCAAUGAGAUAUUUCUUUUUUUCCCCUUUUAAUUAAUUUGCAAAACAUUCUAAAAUUCUGUUUUUGCUUUGUUGCUAUGAGGUACUGAGUUUAGAUUCAUGGGGGGGGGGGGUGGAUUUCAGCAUAGGGCUGCAACAUAACCAAAUGUGAAAAAGUGGAGGGGUUGGAAUACUUUCUGAAUGCACUGUACGUACACACACAAACACAAGCUGUGCAGUGAACUGGAUGACUGUAUAGGCAGUCAGUUCAAAUGAGUUUAAAGAUUGUCCCUGGUUCUCCUCUGUUUUGUUCAAAUCCCACCUCCAUGUCUGACUCACCAAUUCCAGUUCUGAUUGAAAGGAAAGCAGUUCUGGACUCUGCUUUCACAAAAGACCCUCAUAUUAGAACCAAGGUGAUGUCUGUCAUGAAAAAAGUACUUACAUACUGCGUCUAUCAGUCUUGCUGUCCUUGGUGAUAGGUUGUGUUGACACAUUCAUUUCUGUUUCAGUGUAAAGUUUUUAUUAAACUAGUCCGAGCAGACAUAUCCUUUGUUAAACCAAGCAAGAUGUUUCUGUGUAUUUGCAUGUACCCAGUGCACUUGCCUACAGCAGCUAAUUCACAUAAUGUUUGAUGAGUUGAUAAAUCCAGCCUGAUAAAUUUCAGGAUAAAAUCUUGAGGUAAUGGAGGUGACAUUGUACAAGUUUGCACCACACAGUCCUACAGAGCUUUCCUGCUUCUUUUUGCUUGUAUUUUGCUUAUCUACAGUGUUCAUAGAAAUUGACCAUUGAACCAAAGUUGGUUGUUUGUUUUCAAAAAUGAAUGAAUGAAACAUGAAUGAAGAAUGUUCGACCUGAUAACCUGUUUGUAACUACACCUCUGUUUGCACUAAGACAACAACUUGAAAGGAUACCAAAUAUUGGCUGUCAAAACACACACACACAAUAUAUCAUUCUCAUCUUAUUAAUUUGUGCCAAAUGUUUAAGAUGGCCUUUAUUCUCCAUUAAUCGGAGAUAGAAGACCAUUUUGUCAAUAUCUUAUGUGAACCACAUCCUCAUUGUGAGCAGAGGGUGUUUAUUUUACAUCGGGUGCUGACUACUAAAUAAUUCUUGCAUCACUGUGUUUUAAGGAAAUACAUGUAAUAAACAGUUUUUUCUGUCAACAUGAGGGCUACACAGAGCUAAGAAACUGUCACAGAUUCUUCAAUAAACCUCACCUUGCCUUGU